CUGAGUAUCUAUCUAUAUUGUAUUGUAUGCAUAGUGCAUUUCGUUUUAUUACAUUUACGCCUUAAACUUUAGACACGUCCGAUAAACUAUUCCGAGCACUAGCAGCUUCAGCGAAUCCAUACCCAGUCUCACCGCCUUAUUCCAACUAUUCACGCUCAUUUCGUUUAAUCACAACUUCUUAUCCAUAAACUACGCGCGUUAUUGCACGUCAAACUCCCUCCAUACCUUUCGCAUCAUCUCAACCGUCAGUUCCAUUGCUAACCUGCUCAAUCAACGGUGAAAAACGUUUCUAAUCAUGGGACCCAUAUAUAUGACCUACGAUUCUUCUUCACUAACCGCAAUUCUAUAUUUCUUGGAAACUUUGCAAAACGCGAUUCCUUCCCUCCAAAGAUGAAGCAUUCAGCAUUGUGUUAUGUCGUUCGGCGAGCUCUGGUCAGUGGCCGAAAUUGUAACUGUCACGGUUCGGCUGUUGUCAGGCCAUUUCUGGCGGCGAAAAUCCGACAGAGGAGCUUCUGUGUCGAUGGCGGAAACGGAGGGUUCUUUUAUUGGAAGAGAAUGAUGGCUUCGCAAGCGGGACCGUCAAUGCCGGAGGCGGAGAAAAAGGAGGAAAGUCCGCGAACUAAGAGUGGGAAGAGUGAGAAAAACGUGGUGGUGUCGAGUUAUUGGGGGAUUUCGAAGCCGAAGAUUAAGAGAGAGGAUGGGACAGAGUGGCCUUGGAACUGCUUCAUGCCACGGGAUACUUAUAAAUCAAACAUGUCCAUUGAUUUGACUAAGCAUCAUGCUCCAAAAAACUUUAUGGAUAAAGUCGCUUACAAGGGAGUGAAACUCCUCAGAAUUCCCACAGAUGUGUUUUUUAAGAGGCAGUAUGGUUGUCGCGCAAUGAUGCUUGAAACAGUUGCAGCUGUCCCUGGAAUGGUAGGAGGAAUGUUGUUGCACCUCAAGUCACUCCGUAAGUUUCAACAAAGUGGUGGUUGGAUCAAAGCAUUGCUUGAGGAAGCGGAGAAUGAGAGGAUGCACCUAAUGACUAUGGUGGAACUUGUGAAGCCGAAAUGGUAUGAAAGACUGUUGGUUCUUGCUGUACAGGGAGUUUUCUUCAAUGCUUUCUUCGUACUUUACAUACUCUCCCCAAAACUGGCUCAUAGAGUUGUUGGGUACCUUGAGGAGGAAGCUGUACAUUCCUACACUGAGUAUUUAAAGGACAUUGAAAGUGGUGUAGUUGAAAAUGUUCCUGCUCCUGCCAUUGCAAUAGACUAUUGGAGGCUUCCCAAGGAUGCCAAAUUGAAAGAUGUAAUAACAGUCAUUCGUGCGGACGAGGCUCACCAUCGAGAUGUCAACCAUUUUGCUUCUGAUAUCCACUUCCACGGUAAAGAACUGCGGGAGGCACCGGCUCCUCUUAGUUAUCAUUAGGGCAUUACUGCCGUAUAUUACCCCUUUAGCGAGCAUUAAGAAACCUAUAAGCACCAAUGUUUUAAUUGAUACAGAAUUCCUGUAUUUUAAUCAUACCUUUGGAUGACAGAUAUAUGACAUAUACUGAUUAUACUAUAUUUUGUAACAGUGAGUACGAGAAGCGUUUUCACGUAGUAGAUGUGACUUUGACUUUCACAAAUA